UGAAAGAAAAGAAAAGGAGAGGUAGGCCGAGGAAGGUAGUCGUCGCAUAAUCCAUACACGGGACGUUUGUAUGGAUAUGAGGGGGAGGAUAUAACGAGGCAGGUAGAUAGGUACACGCGCAUCGGCGCGGCCGCUAGUAAGUACGUCGCGAGCGCGCCAUCACCCCCGCACUCCGCCACGUUUCUCCUACGACACCGUGCCGGUCCGCGCCAGUCGAGCGGGAACUUUCGUGAGUGCGCCCACGUCGUGUAGCUUUGCCACCGCGGCUCGCGCGCAUACCCUAUGUACUUACCGAAUAUUGUUUUAAUGCGUAUUGUAUGUGCCCACUUAUAUAUAUAUUGCAAUAAAUGUAUAGUAACUGAAUACCCGGUUAUAAUUGUAUUUAUAAUUAAAAUUAUUAUUAAUCUCGUGAUAGAAGUAGCAACGACUAUAUUUAAAAUGAAAUGUGAAGGGACAAUUUAAGGUGUCAAGGGUAGACGAUGGCGAGGCUUUGAACAGGGUUUUCGUAGACUAGUCGAGGAGACGGGGAUUAUUGGACCAUACACUUUCAACUAAAUAGAUAUUUUAAAACACAUGACUUAUCGAAGAGCGUGUAUUGCAAGGAGGACAUACGUAGAUUGUUCUAUUAAUAAUCCCUAUUAUAAGUUAUUGCUAAAAAGUUAAAAGAAAAAAGGACUUCUGUUUGCAAUAUUAAUUGCAUACCCAUUUCCUUUUAAUUAUGUAAUAAUAUUUUGCUUACUACAUCUAACUUGCUUCGGCAAGUAUGUUUUGUAUCUCCACUCUAAAUUUAUACAAACAGAAGUCCUCACUCUUUUUUUAACUUUUUACCAACAAUUUAAAAUAUGGAUUAUUAUAGAGAACAACCUAUGAAUAUCCUCCAUGUAAAAGUAUUGUAAAAUAUGAUGAUGUAAAUCAUUAUUAAACUAAACAGGCCAUUUUUUAAUGUCACCAAUGUUUGUUAGUCGAUUCAUUUCUUUCCAUCUUCAUUCAUAAUCAACACGUAUGGUUACAAAUACAAUCUUUCGACUACACUGAAAAAUAUUCUGACAAUAAAUAUAAGAAAUAGGUCAGGCUAUGCCCGUACACCGCACGCAGGGACAGGUGUCUCGCUCUGUACCCACAAUAAAUAGCUAUUUACCAGAGAGUGUGGCCGCGAUGCCGCACCGACGCCGGAAGGUGUUCUCAAUUUGUCGCUCCGAAUGAGAUUGUCGCCGCUUUCAGUAUUAGAUGUGCUGAUUGGAAACAUGACAUCACCAGAUUUAAAAGAACCAGGAUAUGAUAUGAUUGUUGACGUUACUAGAAGAGCCCCGUCUAGAACUGACCCAUCUAACGUAUAUUCAUAUAAUAAGGAAGAUGGUCAACACAAUGCUACUAACAAGACAGAAUAUUAUAUAAGUGAAAAAUAUUCUUAUGAUUAUGAAAGACUAACUCCAAUUAAGUCUGAAGACAGCGAUAAACGACAAAUCCCUUUAUAUGAAAAUAGAAGACCAUAUCAUGGUUUUACUAGAACAAAUGAUUUUUAUACAUUACCGCCAACACAUAAUAAUGAUCGAAUACAUCAUGUAAUGCCAUAUAAAAACCAUGGAAUUCACAGAUACCCACCACCGAGUUGGGAAAGCCACCCUUAUCGUCGUCCACCUCCCCCGCCGCCGCAAUACCGACAUCCACCACCUCAAUAUCGAGAAAUAUCAUUCUAUGAUGAACGGCAAACGAUGGUGUUACCUGGUUACAACAAAUUACAAUAUAGAAUGCCUCACCCACCAUCCUACAGAAGACCCCCACCAUCCUAUCAAAGAAGGUGGCCACCUCCAACCUCUGAUCGAGGUGGUCCAAUAUAUGAUGGAAGUCCACCUUUGCUACCACAAUGGCACAAAGGCCCUCGGCCACCCUUUUCAGGCGAAGAAACUCUAUCAAAAAGUUAUGCUGACAGAGUCUUUGACUUUGAAACUCCGCCAUCAAUUUCAUCAUCACCACGUCGUGAUACUCAAUCUCAGCAAUAUUCAAAAAGUAAUGAUGAUCUGUCAAAAACUCAACCUCCUUUAAAGAACAACCCAGAAAAUAAAUUACGACCAGUUAUUGAUCUGAAUAUUACUCGUAGCAUGGAACAAUCACCUGGAUUAAUUGCAAAAAAACAUGAAGAUAAUCAGAGUAAGCAGAAUUUUAAUAAAUUUGACAGUAAUACAAAAGCGAAUCACGGUAUUGAAGAAGAUGAUGUUCAAAGCAUAAUUGACGUAGGGUUUAGUAAUGAUAUAAAUUAUAAGAUCCUUAAUCAUAAUAUCACAAGCGUAAAAUCUAAAGAAGUCUCUCAGCAACCACCUGUUUAUUCAUUACUCCCAAAUUUUUUUCAAGUCGUUCCAGUAACUCCUAAAAGCUGAACAGGUAGCUAAAUGAUUUUGAUAUUUAAUAGAUAAGGUAAUUGAUAAUAUCUUUGAAUAAAUUCAAUAUAUUUAAUAUCUAUUGGAAGUCUUUACACUAAAAGUUUAACAAUAAUUAUAAAAUAUCAUGUUGUUUGUUUAUAAGAAAUUGUAGCUCUUACCAUCACAGGAUUAAUUUGCUCGUCUCGAUUGAAAAUGUGUGUUAAUAUUUAUAUUAUGUAUUUUGUAUACAAGAAAAAUAUUAAUAACUUUCUAAAUUAUAAUUCUACGUGUGAAUGUAUAAAAUUUGAAUUAAAG